AUGAAUAAACUAAAAGGUCUUUCGCUGAUUUUGAAGAUUGCAGUGGCUCUUCUGACCAUCCACGGAAUCGUUACGCCUUUGAUUCUUUCGAAAAUGGGUACUCGUUCAGACUCGCAGGACAAUUCUACCGAUGCGGAAGCUUCAGAUGUUCUCCGGCUUCAAAAAGAGAUCGAAGAACUCAAAAACAGUCGCUCAUUGAUGGUUCUUUCUGGUUAUGAAUCUCAAACAGAGAUUCUGAGCUACGUUGUCAAACCAGACGGAAGCAAGAGUUCUCGGACAAUCAAAAUGCCUCCUUCAAGUCACACAUAUCACUAUCUUUACCAUUCGAUUUCUGCUUUGAUUCGCGGAAAAGUCUACAUUUUUAGCGGAUACCAAGAUUAUGAAUUCAGAAUUUCGAUGAUAAACGGCUGCGAAAUCGAGGAAUUAGAUGUGAAGCUCAACAAUUGGUAUUACUAUAGCUCUGCUACAGUCACGGCGGCGGAUCAACAAUCAGCAUUAAUUUGUUUUUCCUAUGAUGAAUACAAAAACUGCGAAGAAUUCGACGGCAGCGCGGUGUCAAUAAAACCGGCGACGAAAUACUCGCACAGAAGUUCAUGCUUGGCGCUCUACUUCGACCAACCAGUUGGAAUCGGCUCCUCCCUUUCUGACGGUUACAAGAAAGUGGAGAAAUUCGACGGAGGUUCUUGGAUAGAAUUACCAGAUUUUCCAAAAGCAAUUUCCUUUCACUCCUGCAUUGGAGUUUACGACGGAUUUCUUCUCCUUGGAGGUUAUUACUCUGAUGACCGAGAAGAUUCAAAAGAUGUUUAUUUAUUUCGCGACUCAAAAUGGACCGUGGUUGGCCAGCUCAACGAAUUUCAUCGGUUCUCUUCCGCAGCGCGAAUCGGAAAUACGAUUUAUCUUGUAAGCGGCAGCAAAGAACCUAACGCCGUCGAAAAACUGGAAUGGGAUAGCGAAAAAAUAUCCUCGGCAAAAGUCAUCAACAAUCACUCGGGCAUUUUUUUCCGGCCGAUAAUAUUCCCUGUCGCUGAAUGUUUCUGUGCAUAA